UCACAAGGUCGGGAAGGGUUUCCCCGACCUCUCGCGCACCUGCCGCCGCUUCCUCUCUGUCUCGCGCAGCCGCCGUCGCCUCCUCUCCCUCGCGCAGUCAGCAGACCCUCCCCCUUGCGCGCCGUUAGCAGAUCCCUGCACCGCUGACCGGCCCCUCCCCUCGCGCGCCGUCAGCAGAUCCCUCCGCUGCCGCCGCCGCGGUGCCUCGGCGUCUGCUGCUUCCCCACCGGAUACUAACAAAUGGGUUCUAGAAUUGAGUUGAUAAGGAAACAUUUGAAACAGGAGGAGGAGGAUGAUGAUGAGUUAUUUUUUGUGUUAGUUCCAGCUAUAUAUGCUUCCCUUUAUUCUAAAAAGAGGCCAGUACACACUUCUUGUCGUAGUGGUGCACAAAAAAUUAGAGAAAUGCUCGAUGGUCAUGAGAGCUGGUGCAAAUCUGAGUUUCGAAUGGAGCCAGAGAUCUUUAGAGCUGUAGCAAGCUAUCUUAGAAGGGAAGGAUUGUUGCAAGACACUUCAAAUAUGAGCAUUGAGGAGCAUCUUGGGAUAUUCAUGUACAUGAUAUCUCAAAAUGCUAGCAAUGCGAUCUUACAAAAAGAAUUUCAGCAUAGCGGGGAAACCAUACAUAGAAAGAUAAGCGAGUUCUUUGGUAUAAUCCCCGCUCUAACUCAAAGAUUUGUGAAGCUCCCAAGUGUAACCCAACCACAUGUGAAGAUUACAUCCAAUCCUCGGUUUUGGCCUUACUUUCAAAAUUGCAUUGGUGCAAUUGAUGGGACACACGUCCCCAUAACUAUUAGUGAAGAAAGAGCCCCUCCAUUUAGAAAUCGAAAAGGAACCCUUUCUCAAAACGUGAUGUUGGCGUGCGACUUCGAUUUGAAUUUCACAUUCAUCUCAUGUGGGUGGGAAGGGUCCGCAUCUGAUGCGGGGGUUCUUCAAUCAGCUUUAAGAAAGGGUUUCAGAGUGUCAGAUGGUAAAUACUAUCUUGUAGAUGGGGGAUAUGCAAACACUCCUUCUUUUAUUGCCCCAUAUCGAGGAGUUUCUUACCAUCUCAGUGAAUAUCGGAGGCGAGGGUUGAGUACUGUAUAUGCUGAUUAUAAGGAGUUAUUUAAUCAUUCUCAUGCCCUCCUUCGCAACCACAUAGAAAGGUCCAUCGGUGUCUUGAAGAAGCGAUUUCCUAUCCUCAAAGUGGGCACCUUUUAUCCCAUAGAGACUCAGGUUUUGAUUCCAUCAGCAGCAGUUUCAUUUCAUAACAUGAUUAGAGGUUUAAAUGGUGAAGAUGGAUGGUUGGAUCAGCACCCAACUAACAUCAAUUCUAGUCAAUUUGUUGAAUUACCAGAGGGAGAUAGCAAUUAUCAGUAUAGUAGUCAGUCCAAUGCUGGAAAUGCUCUUAGAGAUCAAAUUGCUAUGCAGAUGUGGAAUGAUUAUAAUAAUCAUUAG